UAACUAUACAUAUGUGUCGGUUUCGAUCAAGACGGCGCAGCGUGGAGUACAGAAUUGUGCUCUGAUGACCGAAUUUUCCUGCUUUGCUUUCACGUACAUACAUAUGCGCGCAACUAGACAACGUUUUCCUUGAGAAAAUUUAUUGAGUGAUGUCAUCCAGUGUAUACGACUGAAUACCUGCCUAGAUAUACACGAUUUAUUUAAAUUUUUGCGUUUCGUUGUUUAUGUUUAGCCGGUACGGUGCGCUUCGAGAUUCAGUGAAAGGUGUGGUAUUGUUUUGUUGUAACGCAGUGUUGAGACAACGAACGGAUAAUACAUAUUUAUUUUUGUAACAGCAAUUUUCCGGAUUUAGAAUAAAAAAUUCGACGUAUACGUAAAUUUACGUAGAUGAUUUGACUGUAAUAAGUUCAUAAACAUUUAAAUGCAAUUUAUCUAACAGUUUCGAUAAAACAACAAUGAGUGAUUCCGAAGAAAAAGAGAAGAAAACCAGCGGGUUGAAUAUAACUGAUGUUUUGUAUGAUGGUUUGAAAAAGUUUUCCCUGGCAGGACUGGUGUAUUUGGCUGGUUAUUUACAUUGGUCUGUGGCAUGGCCGUUGGGUUUCAUAAUUAUUCAUUUUAUUAAGGAACAAUCAAAUAAACAAAAGGAAUAUAAACGUAACAUCGCAAAAGCAGUGGCCACAGCAUCUGAAAAGGAAGUUAUUUUAGCCAAACUGGACGAUUUACCUGCAUGGGUAUUCUUUCCUGACAUAGAGCGAGCUGAAUGGUUGAAUAAGAUUAUUCAACAAUUAUGGCCAAACGUUAAUAAAUACACAAGAAAUUUAUUAAGAGACAAAAUUCAGCCAAAAGUAAAGGAGAAGUUGGAGAAAUAUAAAUUAACAGGAUUCAAAUUUGAAAAAAUGAUACUAGGAAGUAUUCCACCCAGAAUUGGAGGUGUGAAAGUUUAUGAUAAAAACGUUUCCAGAAAUGAAAUAAUAAUGGACUUGGAUAUAAUCUAUGUUAGCGACUGUGAUAUAAAUUUCAGUAUAACAGGGGUAAAAGCUGGAUUAAAAAAUUUUCAGCUUCAUGGAAUGAUGAGAGUUGUUAUGAAGCCUCUUAUAUCGUCUAUCCCAUUGGUUGGUGGUUUACAAGUUUACUUUUUGAAUAACCCUACAAUCGACUUUGAUUUGGUAGGAGUUGCUGACGUCCUAGAUUUUCCAGGCCUAGGAGACUUGCUUCGACGAAUUGUAACAGAACAAAUAGCAUCAAUGAUGGUGUUGCCCAAUAAAUUCCCUGUUAAAUUAAGUGAUGAAAUUGAAGCUGCCGAAUUAAUUCGGCCCGAGCCAGAAGGAAUCCUUAGGGUACACGUUGUUGAAGCUAAAGAUUUAAUGAAAAAGGAUGUCAGUUUACUGGGUAAAGGUAAAUCAGACCCGUAUGCAGUUAUUACUGUUGGGGCACAAGAGUUUAAAACAAAAACAAUACCCAACACCGUCGAUCCUAAAUGGGACUACUGGUGUGAGGUAAUGGUCAGUUCUAUAGAAGGACAACUUCUUUUAAUUCAACUUUGGGAUUUUGAUCCAGGUGUUGUAGGAAGUAAAAACGAUGAUUAUCUAGGAAGGGCUGUAAUCGACCUUGAAAAUGUCGUCAAAAAGGGACAAGAUGAUAUGUGGAUUACUUUAGAACAAGCCAAACAUGGAAUGGUACAUUUGAGAUUCACGUGGCUCACAUUAAGUCGUGAUUACAAUGAUCUUAGAGCUGCUCUCGAAGAAACUCAAAUGUUACGUGUAACAUCGAUGAGUACAGCUGUUCUGACUUUGUAUAUUGACUCAGCCAAAAACUUACCGCAACCCCGAUCGCAGAGUAAACCGGACCCGUAUGUGUUGGUGAUGGUUUGCAACACAACCAAACAAACAGAGGUAAAGAUGAGAACGAGCGAUCCCGUUUGGGAACAAGGGUAUUCGUUUUUGGUUGCCAAUCCGGAGUCAGACACCCUAUAUAUUCAUAUAAUAGAUCAGAAAACUGAGAGUGAACUUGGCCGUUUUACGAAAUACUUGAAUUCAUUUACUGAAAGUAGUGGCUUGGAAGUACCGCUACAACCAUUUUCUCUGAGCAAUUCUGGACCUCACAGCAAAAUUUAUUUAUCCAUGCAUCUUAGGAUUUUAAAAAGACACCAUCCAGAAGAAGAAACGCCACUACCAGACCCUUGGGAUGAAACACCCUUGAUAAAAAGACAAGACUCUAAGACUUCAACCUCGUCCAAGCUAAAGUCAGACGAUACUACUAUUAAAAAGUCUACUGAAGAUGCCGUUCAAUCCCUCGUUCAAGAACGUGAGGCUCCAAAACAAGUGCAGGAAACAGUUGAAGAAUUUAUUGAACAAUCGAAAGCGACUUUUGAUUCGACUAAACCAUCUUCAAGAGAAUUUGAGGAGGGUAUUCAUCAUAGGCAGCCAAGCACGACAUCGUCAGCAGGUGAAGCAGGACUAGGUCGUAUUCAGUUGACCCUGCGAUACAGCAUCCAAAGACAGAGACUUACUGUAGUCGUUCAUAGGAUUGCGAAUAUACCACUCAGGGACCCGUCGAAUAUUCCUGAUCCUUACGUAAAGCUUUAUCUCUUACCUGAAAGAGCCAAAGAAACAAAAAGGAAGACACAAGUUGUUAAAGACAAUUGCAAUCCAGUGUUUGACGAAAGUUUCGAAUAUUUAAUAUCACAAGGUGGACUUAACACCCAACAACUGGAAGUUACUGUAGCUUCCCAAAAGCAUAUUUUGAGCACCGGAAAGAAUGUAAUUGGACAGGUGAUUAUCGACUUAUCAAAAAUGAAUUUUUCGCAACCGUUCACAUCCUGGUUCGACCUACUCCCUUGGACUGACAAUGACGAUUAAUAAAUUUUUUAUCAGUUACUCUUGUAUUUAAUCUCCACGCCUUAAAGCUUGUGAUUGAUCUUAUAUUAUUGAUAUCGAUAUAUUGCAGUUGCAGUGUUUUAUAUUUGUAUUUUAUUGUUAAUAUGUAAAUAAAUAAUCGAAAAUA